CUUCCGCUUCCUCUUGGGCAGGGCGGGUAAUCCGAACGUUUCUGCUUCAGAAAGGCUCUGAGGUUGGCGCGAGCCCCGGCGGCUGCGGCGGCUGCGGCGGCAGCAGAGAUCAAGGCCAAAGCUAGAUAUGUCCGAGAGACGAACGCGGUCCGGAGGGGCCGCCCAGCGCCCCGAGCCAGCGGCCCCGUCCUCUACUCAGUCUCUGCGGAGGUCCCAGCGGAAAUCAGGCUCUGAUCUCCCCAGCACCCUCCCUGAAAUCUGGCCGAAGGCACCCCUUGCGGCUCCAGUCAGAAAGCCCAUCGUCUUGAAGAAGAUCGUGGCCCAUGCUGUAAAGUUAAUAUUGUCUUCACAGAUCCCAUCUGUCCACUCUCCUCGAAGGAGCCCUAGGAUUGCCUUUUUCUUGGAGAAAGAAAACAAGCCUCCUGGCCAGGAGCCUACUAGGGAGGAUCUCUUCAAGUCAUGUAGUGUCCCCAGCACCCCCACCACCACUCCCGUGCUGUGCAACCCGGAUGUUGAGUCUAAUUCCAGGGAACAAGACCUAGACACCAGAGACUUGGAAAUGUCUAAGAAAGUCAGGCGCUCCUACAGCCGGCUGGAGACCCUUGGCUGUGCCUCCACCUCCACCCCAGGCCGCCGGUCCUGCUUUGGCUUCGAGGGGCUGCUGGGGGCAGAAGACCUGGCCGGAGUUUCGCCUUUGGUGUGUUCAAAGUUAACUGAGGUCCCCAGGGUCCCCGCAAAUCCCUGGGCCCCGGACACAACUCUCCCUGGAAUCUCCCCACCAGUCGUGAAGGAGAAACGGAAGAAGAAGAAGGCGCCAGAGAUCCUGAAAUCGGAGCUGGAUGAGUGGGCCGCGGCCAUGAAUGCUGAGUUUGAAGCUGCUGAGCAGUUUGAUCUCCUGGUUGAAUGAGAUAAAAUGGGGUGCAUCUGGCCAGGCCUUCCCCACUUCCCCCUGUACAUAGCUCCUUCUUCCUACAGGAAAGACACUUGGGGUCCCCUUCUUUGGCCUUGGUACCUUUCGCAUGUGCCGUUGCUGCACAUGAGGUCUGUCCUCUGAGUGUACAGUGGCAGCAGCCAUUUCAGCUUCAGGAAACAGGGUUCCCUUGGCCCGGCUUCGCACUGGCAUCCCGUCUCUGGUCAGUAAACCCUACCUAAUCCUCUCCUCCCUUCCUCUCGGAGUGUCCUGGCUGGUUUCCGUUUGGGCUACAGAUGAGGGAGGUGGAAUCCCUGGCCAGGGGUUGUGGGCAAGAGCACCGAGCGCCGGCUGGGAAGCAAGGCUGCUCUCCAGCCCGACAGAAGCAGGCUCCGAGGGCUGUCUGCCGCAGCCUCAGGCUCUCUUUCCAGUUGCCUUUUGGUGGCGGCUUGGUUCCAUCUAUGUAAAAAGGCUUGGGUUUCCUCUUAGAUUCUAUAGAUGGUCCAGCAGAGAGUUCGUGGAUUGAGGACAGACUGAGGAAGAAGCUGGACCCACAGCCAGCAGAGUCAGGUUUUGAAGGAGGGCCUCAGACCAUGGGUGUUUAUUACAUGGAAGCUGUGUUUUGUAGUUCUGUGUUCUGCUGUUGAGAUGGUUGGUUCAAUGUCAGGCUGAUGGAGCGCUGGCUGUGUGGGCAAAGGGUGCACUUUGGGGUGCUACGUGCUACAGGCUGCAGCCUCCACAGAAUCUGAGGCUCAGGGCAUCAGGUCUGGCCACCUGCGCAGGGCCAGGAAUGGGUCGGUGGGAGGAGGCGCCCUCUUUUGUCACUCACCUGUUUCUUAUAAAAUAAAAUACACAGUCAGCUCAGCUUUAAAACCGAAUGGGCUGAACGGUGCUAUCGCACUACUGUUUUGCGGCCACACUUACAGAGUUUGAGGGAAGCUUUCCCCACGGGCCAGAAAGGGACGGGGGUCCACAGCGGGUUUAACCUUUAGCUCUCAGUGAUCUCUCAGGAGGGCAUUGCCUGGGGCAGGUGCCAGGAGUUGAGCUGGGGGGAGGGGGUUGUCUUGUUUCCAAGGGAACCUCAUUCCCACGCUCCCAUUUCUCAAUGCUGGUGAAAGGCGGGCUUUCACAGGUUGCCCAGCCAUACUCCAAGUAGCUGAACCUUUUGACGUUUACAGGUUUGUAGAGGCUAAGAGGAGGGCAGAGGGGCUAGUGGAGAGCAGAGCCCGCCGGGGAGAUGGGGGCUUGCUUCGUUAAGGAACGAAGAACAGCGCAGGCCGGUCGGCGCUAACAAAACUUGCAAGGCCUGGGAGUCCCAGGCUGCCUGUUCGGCACCUCCCGCUUCGUCAGACUGCCAGCAAGCCCCUUUGCCAGCGCGGGCCAGACGCCCGCGAGCUGGGUGCAGCCGAAGAAUUCCUGUCCUCGCUGGCUGGCGCAGAACCCCUUAGUCCUGCAGAAUCAGGAGUGGCCAGGUGAUGUUGAGUUGAUGUCACCACUGCAGACCUCUCUGUGUCCCUGAAAAAUUGAGAAUGUGGAAUUUGAGGGAGAAUUGGCGUUUCCUUUUUAAAGUAAAAAAUAAACUUGAUUGAAGAGUA